AAUUUUUUGGAUUUUCUGUUUCCUUUCUUUGCAGCAAUCAAACCUAAACUAAUUGGCUGGGGGUGUUCUUGUUGUCGUUGGGUGGGCUUCUGUUCUAGGGAUUUCACCCCCAAAUCAUGAAAUGGGACUAGCAAUUGGUUAUCAGGUAGGCUAGUUAGCGACAAAGAGAGGCUAAUAGGAAAUCAACGACACCGAAGGAGAGAAGAAGAAGAUCAAGAUCAAAAUAACGGGGAAGGAAUUGGCAAUGAAAAUUCUAGGGAUUUCGGCCCCCAAUUUUGUGGAAUGGGACUAGAGAUUGGCUGGGAAAGUUUAGGGAUUGGGUGGGCUGCUGUUGGCGGAGAAGAAGAUCUUGCACGACCGGUUGUUGAGCGGAGAACAAAAGGAUCUUGCACAAAGAGAGACCAGCUAUUGGGCGAAGAAGAAGAAGCAGAUUUUGCACAGAGAAAGACCAGUUAUUGGGGGAAGAAGAAGAAGCAGAUUUUGCACAGAGAAAGACCAGCUAUUGGGGGAAGAAGAAGAAGUAGAUUUUGCAUAGAGAAAGGGCAGCUAUUGGGUAAAGAAAAAGAAGCAGAUCUUGCAUGGAGAAAGGUUGGCUAUUGGGCGAAGAAGGAGAAGCAAAUCUUGCAUGGAGAAAGGCCGGCUGUUGGGCGGAGAAGAAGAAGAAGAACUUGCACGGAGAGAGGCCGACUGUUGCGCGGAGAAGUUGUAGGGAUUGGGUGGGCUGCUGUUGGAUGGAGAAGAAGACUUUGCACAGAAAAGGAGCAGAUUGAAAAUUUUAGGGAUUUCACCCCCAAAUCGUGGAGUGGGAAGGAAGAGGAGAGAUGGGAGAAAAAGGAAAGAUGUGGGAUUACAACAUGCCGUGUCCAAGAAUGCUUUUUAUUGUCAAGUUGGCAUGCCACGUAUUGAGCGUAUAACGGAUUAUAACCGGUGUCAUGUUAGACUUAACGGAUGGUUAAGAUUCCAUCCAAUUGCGUCCUUAUUUGAGAGUUUGCAUGAGUUUGAGACCUUGAUUGAGCAUAAUAAAUGUUGAGGACCUCA